AUGGCCACCUCAACAAACUCCUUCCUAAACCUCGACCCGCAACACAUCUCCUGCAUCGGCGGGCGGACAGUGCUGACAUGCAAGAGCUGCGCAGGAAAUGCCCCAAGCUGCAACGGCCGCGGCUUCAACAUCUUCAUAUGCGCCCAAUGCAACCCAGCUGCAUCGACAGGCCCAGCAACACCCGUUUCCUCCGCUCCAUCCUCGCCUGGUUCGUUGAGUCGCAGCUUGUCGACUUCUUAUCCUUCACAUUCUGAUCCGCGCGGGGGGAGGACUUGGGGUCGUGGUGGGACGAGUUGUGGGCAUGUUGAAACGAAUACGAAUUCUAAUAUGCCGCGGAACCCGUGA